AUGCAGUACGUCCGCAGCAUCAGCGGUUCGGUUUCCAAGACAUGGAACUCUAUCAAUCCAGCAACGCUGAGCGGAGCCAUCGAUGUGAUUGUUAUUGAGCAGGAGGAUGGGACGCUGGCCUGCUCCCCCUUCCACGUUCGAUUCGGCAAAUUCUCUCUGCUGCGCCCUUAUGAGAAAAAGGUGGAAUUCCGAGUAAAUGGAGUUAAGCAGGAGUAUUCUAUGAAGCUUGGAGAAGGCGGGGAGGCGUUUUUCGUCUUCGAGACCUCGGAAGACAUCCCUGAGUCACUGCAAACGUCGCCCCUGAUUUCCCCAGCAGCGAGCCCUAAACCUGGUUUGAAUGAAGAUCGCAAUGGCUCCACUCUCCAAGAGCCAGACUAUCUGGACCUUACCAACGAGAAAACAAAUAAUUUGGUUGAAAAUGACAGGGGUCUGCUCUCUACCUCCCCUGCUCUCUCAGCGACUGGGAGAGCCAAAAGUGAUUUGGGAGUUAUGACACCACUCUCCAGAUUUUCCGACAAUGAAUCAUCUCAACCCCCGCAUGCAGCUCCCUGGUUGACCUCAGCCCCUUCGUUGGAUCGGGCUCAUUCGGAGGAUUUAACCACCGUAUCGACCUCAAGAAGGCUUGAACCUUCAGGGGAAUUUGAGGCGAAGAGUACGCUGCAACAGCCAGUCCUGCAGGACAAGAGUCCCGUUUCUCAGCGAUCUCGUAGUCCUCCUUCCAUCACAACCGAAGAAGCCCUGUUGCGAGCCAUGGCACUCUCAAGAAAGCUGUCUAUAUCCAAUAUUCCGUCUCACAUUACAGAAAGUGGGGAUCUAAUGUUGGAUAUGACUGGUUACAAGAGUAGUGACGAGGACGCGCUUCGGGCUGAAAUAAUCGCUCGAAAGAUCCUCGCAGAGGAGCUUGAAGGAAACUAUGAUAUUGGAGCCUUGAUCGGUGCAGAUGAACAUGGAAAUCUAUGGAUAUACAGCAGUGAGGAGUCAAAGGAGGCUGCCAGCCGUAGAGCAACUCUGUCGUCAUUGCGAUCCGCUAGCGCAAUGGGGGAUGCGAUUUCCGACCCGGGCUAUCAUAGUGAUAGUGAACAAAGUCUUGGGGAGAACCAGCCAUCCCAGAGGCACCACCGCUCGCACUCCGACGUCCAGGGUGGAAUUCUAACCCCACCACAAACUCCUCUCGAUGGAGAAACAGCAGAACAGAAUCGCAAUUAUGCUAAGACUCUGAGGCUUACAAGUGAUCAGCUCAAGGCAUUGAACUUGAAACCCGGCGCCAAUGAAAUGGCCUUCAGUGUCAACAAAGCCACAUGCCCUGCCACGAUGUAUUUAUGGAAUUAUAAAGUUCCUAUCGUGAUAUCUGAUAUCGAUGGCACAAUUACAAAGUCUGAUGCCCUUGGCCAUGUGCUUAACAUGAUAGGUCGUGAUUGGACACACAUCGGGGUCGCCAAAUUGUACACAGAUAUCGUGAGCAACGGGUAUAAUUUGAUGUAUCUAACAAGUAGAUCAACUGGCCAAGCCGACACAACGCGAACCUACCUUAGCGGGAUCGCCCAGGAGGGUUAUAAGCUCCCUAAAGGCCCCGUUAUAAUGAGCCCUGACAGGACAAUCGCCGCCCUACGCCGCGAGAUAUAUCUAAGGAAACCAGAGGUGUUCAAGAUGGCAUGCCUUCGUGAUAUUCUGAGUCUUUUCCGUGGAAGGAAAAACCCGUUCUAUGCCGGGUUUGGGAAUCGACUCACAGACGCGCUAAGUUAUCGAUCCGUAAAUAUACCGUCCUCGAGAAUAUUUACAAUCAACUCCAAUGCGGAAGUUUCACUGGACCUGUUGAGCCUCAACAAAUACAGGAGCAGCUACGUCACAAUGCGGGAACUUGUCGACCAUUUCUUCCCACCGGUCUCAAUGCUUGUCCAAGAAGGAGGGGAGGAGUUCACAGACUUCACAUAUUGGCGAGAUACACCUAGAGAUCUGGAUAAUUUUUCCACCACGGAUUCCAGCGUGGCAAGCGAUGGCGAAGAGGAUGCUAGUGAAGACGAAGAAAGCGAGGGGGAAGAAAGUGAAAUGUACGACGAAGAUGACCAAGGUGAUCUGGGCGAUAGCUACAUCUCAAGGGAUUCUAUAGAUCGACCUGGAGAUAUGGCUGAUUCGAUAGUCGAGUUUGUCUCUGAAGAUCAGGCUGAACUGUCCGAUUUGGAUGAAGAGGACGAGUUUGAGGAUGAAAACGAAAACGGAGACAAUGUGAAUGCGGACGCUGACGCUGAUGCAGAAACGGACGCAACUGAAGCUACCCGACUUGCUAAGUUGUCAUUUAGUGGGAAAGCACCUUCCGAAGGGUUGACGGAGGAGUCAAAUCAAACAACAUAA